AUGGCUGAGAGAGAAGACCCCCUAAUUGAUAUUUCUGAUAGGCAACCUACUCAAUAUGAAGAGCCACAGAGGAGAAAAUGAGGUUGUGGGCUUUUAGAAAGAUUUAAGAAGAUGACUUUGGGCAAGCAGAUCUGCAUCUCAGUAUUUUUCUUCUUGCUUAUUGUGUUUGCUAUCUUAUUUGUUGUUAUUAUUGUUAACUUAAGAAUUUUAAUGGACAAUACUUACUCUAAACUGACAGAGAAAAUUGAUAAUAUUUAUCUGGACAACUUAGAGAAUUUAAACAGAGAGAUUGCAGCUACGCUUGCUGUUCACCAGGAUAUAUCAGAGAAAACUCUCAAUAAGACCAAGAGGUUGGUCGAAGAUAUCUUGCAAAGUAAUAAAGAACCCGUGGUUGUAGAUGGUGAACUUGCGUAUCAUGUAAGAGACUACCCAAUUUUGUGGACUGAGGUUCCUCCUCUUACUAAAGCUGAAGACAUUCAAAAUUCAGAAGAAAAAUUUGGAGAUCUUGAUAUCACUAGGGAAAGAAUGACAUAUAUCACUUAUGAAGGAGGAUUUAACGAAGAUGUUCUAAGGAAGUUAAAUACAUUAAACUCUAUCUGGACUCGGAUAAAUUCAAUUAUGAUCGGUCAGGAUAGUAACAUCAACAUUACCAGAAGCUUUAUAAUGGUGGAAAAGGAAAGCGAUACAUUGAAUAAUCAAAAGAUGCUUGCAACAUUUCCUGGACAGAAGUUUGAUCCUGUGAUUUCUUCUGAUGAUUUCUCUGGCUUUUCAUGGUAUAAAGAAGCUUUAAAGGAUCAUAGUUCGUUAGUCAAAAUUAAUAGAGGGGAUGAUCCUUUCAAUGGUGGACUGAAGAAUACAAGUGGAUUUGUAAAGGCUUUUAACUCAAAUGGUUUCCAAGGAGUCGUUGGGGUGAUGUACACAUCCGAAGAUAUUAACAAUCUAUUGUCAAUCUUUUUCAAAGAUCAAUCAGAAAGUGAAGAAGAUAAUAAUAGCUCUGAUAUAACUACAUAUAUUUCAAAUCCUUCAGAAGAGUUUUUGGUUAACAGAGGAAUUGAUGUAUUUGAUCUCCCAGAUACUAUUAGAAGAAUAAGAGAGAACAAAGAUUUACAAAUAUAUCAAGACACAGUUUACAAUACUGAAGUCAUUGUUAAAGAGCAAGGGUACUAUAUUAAAGACCUUUUUGGUCCUGAUGAACCAUUCCAUAAGAGACAAUCUUUGUCUCCCAGAAUUUUGCAAGAAGUUGAAGGAGAUUUUGAAGCUGCAGAUGUAGCUAUUGAACCUACUAGGUAUUCAAUGGUUGCAUUUUUGAUUCCUGCAUUACAAUCUACUAAUAUUGACGAUUAUGAUUACUUGGUAAUACUUCUUGAAGACCAACGAGGAGUACAAACCUUCAGUAAUGAUCUCAAAAUUCGUAUUGAAAAUGAAUUUUGGAUUCUUAUGUUUGUGGUAGUAGGCUGCAGUUUGUUAUUAUGUGUGUUAAUAGGACUUUGUGUGCUCUGAGCAACUAAGAGGAUCACUUCUCCUAUUCAAAAGUUAACAGAUCUUACCUCAAAUAUCAAAAAGGUACAUAAAAUAGAAGAAAUUAGGGAAAAAGUGAAAGACCAUGAGCUUUUCAAAAAGUUUAAGAAGAAAAAUGCAAUGAACUCAAAGAAUAGUGAGAAUCAAGAUGAGAUUCAAGAGCUAAUAUCUAUUUUCUAUAAUUUCUUCAUUCAAGACAACGACGAAAAAGAAGAGAACAAUAUGCUGAAGAUGUCCCAGUAUGAGUAUCCAACUAACCUAUAUCACGAGGCCACUGGCGAUAUCUCAAGUAGGAGUGGUGAAUCAUUUGAAGAAGAAAAGUCUUCUUCUGGAGUGAUACACAGGAAUGUUAGAAGCAAUAACUCUGCAGACCCAGAUUCUCACCAGGUGAGCAUCAACAGAAAUGGAGAAAGUGAUGAAGAUGACACAGAUGACCUAUUACAUUCAAGUGAUGAUGACGAUGAAGGAGACCAUAGCCAAGCAAAAAUGAAACCCCCAAUAGCUAUUAACUGGGAGCAUAUUAUUAAAGAGCAUAUUCAAUAAUUUUUUGUUGGAAUGGGG